GCGCUGUAAGUUAGGUACCUUAGCUGUAUCCAUGUCCCACGCUCCAGCUCCACACUCUUGCUGGCAACAAUAAGUAUCAACAACCUUCCUCCUCAUCUUUUCCAGCUUCUUUCUUGCCCAUGACGCUUUUAAUGCCCUUUGCAUUUGUUUACCUCCAACUACGAGUCUCUAUUAUCUCAAUUAACUACUCGGUGAUCAUCUGGGCUCAAGCUUUUCGGUCCACAAGUCUCAAAAAGAGGAUCACGAGAGAACAAAAACCCCUCCUACAAUCUUCAAACUCAACUCAUUUGAACCCUUCAUCCUCCAACUGCCUCCCAUCUCCUUCUUUCGUGAGCCAACUUGGCCGUAUUCUCGAGACAGAAACUGAAAUUGGAAUGCAUCCAGGAGGUCUUCUAUCCAGUUGCAUAUAUAUAUACACAACCAACGCCCAGCUCAACAUCUUCAAGCCCUGACACCGACGUUUCACCUCGGGUCAAUUUGCGAUUCGCGUAAAUUUAUCUUCUCAACGUCUUAUUCGACACUCCAUAACGUUCUUGGCGUUUUCUUGGACGGCUUCUGGUCUCUCUAAUACACGUGCUUCGGCCUCUGGACUCGCUCAUAUUCGACAUCCUACCCUCUCUUCUCUUUUCAAGCCUUCUGCUCCCCCAGGACUCUCAGUCAACUCGAAUCUGGCCAUAAACACCAUUGGGUGGGGUUUUCUCUGCUUUGAUCCACGGGAGCUGCUAUAAACACAACUGUAAUGUUGCGUCCUCCCAGACUUAUCGCCGUUAGAGGUUCUUUGGGUUGUGCUAGUGUGUAUGCCUGGGCGAUCCUCAAGUUUGGUUGAAACAACCCAUCGAGAGCCAAGGUGCCCGAAGCAUGUUGCGCUUCUCCUGACAACUCAAAUAUCGCAUUCCCUUGAAAAUGUUAGGCUCUCAUGAUGUCGGACCCGCAUUGCUUCUCACGUUCAUUCCUCCGCGAAUAUUCGCUUUAUUUUUCCUUUAUACUUCACUUGGUGGAUCUUGUCUUCUUCACUUUCGUGCGUCUGCUAACUCUCGCAGCGAUAUUCUCCACCAGAACUGGAAACUUCGCUCAUUCUGGAUUCAAAAACGCAGUCCGGAUUAUCUGUGUCAUCUCCCACCGGCAAAUCACGUCUUGCUGCAGCCUUGCCUCGUGGCCCUCGUGUAAGGCCCUGCGCUUCAUUGGGACAUUGCAGCUUCGACGGUUUUUAUCGAUGGUUGUGAUGCCUCCUCAAAACAGCGUGAACGAGUCGGAAGGGCGAUACCUUCAAGAUGGAUUCUGGCAACAUGGCCGUUUUUAUGGCUCUUGGAAACCUGGCAAAUACUUAUUUCCAAUUGAUUCAGAAGAAUUGAAUCGUUUGGAUAUAUUUCAUAAAGUUUUCCUUCUGGCACGAGACAAUAAGCCAUUUCUAGCUCCCAUCAAACGCCCCUCGCCCAGAAUCAUGGAUAUUGGUACGGGCACGGGUAUUUGGGCAAUCAACGUGGCCGAAGAAUGUCUCUCAGAUGCCCAGAUCAUGGCCGUAGACCUGAAUCAGAUCCAACCAGCAUUGAUUCCUCCUGGCUUUAUGCCAAAGCAGUAUGACAUUGAAGAACCGUCUUGGGGGCCCCUACUGGCGGACUGCGAUUUGAUUCAUAUGCGAAUGUUACUUGGCAGUAUUCAAACGGAUUUGUGGCCUCAAGUCUACCACAAUGUCUUUGAGCACUUGACCCCAGGCAUCGGCUUCUUCGAGCACAUCGAGGUUGACUGGAUACCCCGAUGUGACGAUGAUGAACGCCCAGCAAAUUCCGCAUUCGUGAAGUGGGCAGAGCUUUUUCUCGAUGGCAUGGAUCGAUUCAACCGCAGUGUCAGAGUCACACCGCAAGAACAUCGGCAAAUGCUCGAAGCUGCAGGUUUCACAGAUAUCAGGCAGGAGGUGAUCAAGGCUUAUGUUUGCCCCUGGUCUGCUGAUCGAAAUGAACGUGAAAUCGCCCGAUGGUUCAAUAUCGGACUGUCUCAUAGUCUGGAGGCCAUGAGUUUAAAACCCCUAAUCGAGAAACUCGGAUUCGAGGCCGAGGAAGUUCGUGAGCUAUGUGAGAGAGCGAAGCGCGAAACGUGUGUUUUGCGCUAUCACACUUAUUGUAAUAUUCAUGUCUGGACGGCUAGGAAGCCCGGACCUCAACAGUAAUGCCAAAUUCUCAUUCAAGCGGGGGGGUAUUCACCGCACAACGCAAGGAAUACGAACAGUCUUGGCAAUACUGAUACGCAUUGUUCGAAGCACAGUACGCUGAAGAGCGUGGUGAAGCCCUCGGUCCGUCGGUUUCGGGAAUGACAUGGUUUCAAAUCCAAAUCGGCCUGGUGAACUGGCAGGGUUUCAAGCGCCGGCGCCAGCGCUUUCGCGCGCAACUGCAUCGUGACGAUCCAUAAAUGGUAACACGAUUUCCCAAUGCUGCAGUACUUCUCACUUCUCAUACUCCGGGGUCCCUUGAAUCUGAAGAGACGCCUUACCUCAAUGGCAGCGUGGUACCGACGGUCACCAACAGGCAAGGAUUCUCAAUUGGUAUCACCAACAGCGGGGUCUUGAUCACAUCAACCAGUCCACCAUCCUGAACAAGGCUGUCGAUCUUCUCAAAUUAUCUGACCGCUAGAUAAUGGUCACCUGGCCACAAUCAUCUGCCAAGGGUGACAUUAUCUGCUCGCUUCGCUGGUAAGGGCUCUGCUACCUGUUGUGGCAGAAGCGCUGGUAAGAACAACACCGUUUUUGCCAAGGGCCAAUGUCGGACUCCAUUAUAUCUAGGUCCGCGCGCCUCGGGACGGGCCUUCAACACCGGCCAGGGUCCAGACCAUACGGAUAACUCAACCGCAUCGCCCUGCGUUCCGUGUAGUCCAUAUCUGAUUUUCGCGCGCGGCUGUGCUCCCACGUCUGUUCCUGUGGUCCGUCAUUCUGUCGUCUAUUAGACGCCUGAUUGACUUCUUCUGUGUGGAGGAGGUAACAUCGAAAGAAAGGGCUUAUACACCCCAAAUCUGUCCUUAUUUCCAGAAGCAGAAGGUGGUGGACAAGUCCGAGGUUCAUCAAGCUAUGACAAAGCAGUUGAUAUGGCAGAUGCGGAUUGAGCACGUCCUUCGCAAGACUUGCCCCAGUGAGCUAGUUUGCUCGGUUUAGGUAUCAUGGGAUAUCAGUUCGCUCCAGAGGUUGAGGAAAUUUACAUUUGCAGGUAUCAUCUGGCAAAUCGAUCAGGGAGCUUUGCAGAGCUCACUCAUCAGAACCCCCGGAUCUCAUACAGAAAUGUGAAUACGUUCAAAAUGUAUCGUGCUACAUAUUGCCAUUCCAUGGAUGUUUACCCUACAUACAUUCAUAUAUAAAGUACGUUUAAUGGACUUGAAAGUUCUGAGC